GUUCUGUUGACAGGAAGUGCGCGGGGCGGGCGGAAUCACUACAACCUCCCUGUGCUUGUAGUUUAGCCUGACAAACAGAAGAUUUCACAUUCGUUCAUCCCGCGGACGUGUGUGGACUUAAACUAUGCGUUUAAAGAUCGACCCGGGGCAAAGAUGCAAUGGAGGUCAAUAGUAGUUGGUCUGGUCGUACUGAGAGUCUCACUCAGCUGCGUGCUGUGGCUAGCUUUCGGACUCGGACCUAACGUUAGCUGGGGGUUCAACUUCCCACUUAGUUUCAGUUUGCACAAAUUAGACUUGUUAUUCAGGGACGAGAAAGGGGCCGAGCAGAGGGGCAACUCGUGGUCCCAGCGCAUCCACGGCCGCAGACAUGAGGAGACGGCGACCACCUGUGCAAACGUUGGAGAGGAGUCCCCCAAGAGAUCCUACCUGAGCUUCUUCGAUGGGAACAAGGACGAGUACGUCCGCAGAUACAGCUCCUUCCCAGAUACACUCAAAGCAAAAAUGAAGGACAUGGCCAAAGAAAUGUUUUAUUUCGGGUAUGACAAUUACAUGAAAUAUGCCUUUCCCGAGGACGAGCUGAAUCCCAUUGACUGUGAAGGGAGGGGACCAGACGUGCUAAACCCGUCAAACAUCAACAUAAACGACGUCUUGGGGAACUACUCCCUUACACUGAUUGACACUUUAGACACCCUACUGGUGCUCGGCAAUGUGACAGAGUUCCAGAAAGCUGUCAAGCUGGUUAUAGAUACUGUAUCUUUUGACAAGGACUCCACUGUGCAAGUAUUUGAGGCAAACAUCAGGAUCCUGGGAAGCCUUAUCUCAUCUCACAUCUUGCUGACGGACCCCAAACAUCCAUUCGGCAAGGUCGGCAUUGACGGUUACGAUAAUGAGCUGCUUCACUUGGCUCAUGACUUGGCUGUCCGCUUACUGCCGGCCUUUGAGAACACCAGCACAGGCAUUCCUUACCCCAGGGUGAACCUGAAGACCGGAGUUCCUCCUGAUAGCAUCAAUGAGACGUGCACUGCAGGAGCCGGGUCCCUGCUGGUGGAAUUUGGGAUUUUGAGCCGAUUGAUUGGAGAUUCCACGUUUGAGUGGGUGGCCAGGCGAGCCGUCAGAGCUCUGUGGAACCUGAGGAGCAACGAAACUGGUCUGUUAGGGAAUGUAGUUAAUAUCCAAACAGGCCAGUGGGUUGGCAAGCAGAGUGGUCUGGGAGCCGGUAUGGACUCCUUCUAUGAGUAUUUGCUCAAAUCAUACCUGCUUUUUGGUGAAAAAGAGGACCACAAGAUGUUCCAAGCUGCUUAUGAGAGCAUUCAGAACCACAUGAGGAGAGGGAGAGAGUCAUGUAAUGAAGGAGAGGGUGACCCGCCUCUUUAUGUUAAUGUGAACAUGUUCAGUGGUGAAAUAAUGAACACCUGGAUUGACUCCCUUCAGGCCUUUUUUCCUGGGCUGCAGGUGCUGAACGGUGAUGUAGAUAAUGCAAUUUGCCUGCACGCCUUCUACUAUGCCAUCUGGAAACGCUUUGGGGCUUUGCCAGAGAGAUACAACUGGCAGCUGCAGGCUCCAGAUGUGCUCUUCUACCCUUUAAGACCAGAACUGGUGGAGUCCACCUACCUGCUGUACCAGGCGACCAAAAAUCCUUUCUAUUUGCAUGUUGGAAUGGAUAUUCUUCAGAGCCUUGAGAAAAACGCCAAAGUCAGAUGUGGGUAUGCCACUCUCCACCACGUGGUGGACAAAUCCAAAGAGGACCGCAUGGAGAGCUUCUUCCUCAGUGAGACAUGCAAAUACCUUUACCUGCUGUUUGACGAGGACAACCCGCUUCACAAAUCCGACAACAAGUACAUCUUCACCACAGAGGGCCACGUGGUGCCUAUAGACAAGCGCUUCAGGGAGAAACAGUGGAAUGACUUGUUUCCUUGUGAAGAGGGCUGGCUGGCCGAACGACAAACGCCAAACAACCGGCCGCCGCCGAGCAACAUCAGCAACUGCAACAGGAUCCCAGAGGAGCGGCGAUACACUCUGCCCCUGAAGAGCGUCUACAUGAGGCAGAUCGAUCACAUGGUGGGACUUUUCUGAGGAAGAGGAAGAGGAAGCACGUUGGUGACUCUGACAUGAAACAGGCCUUCAGCGCAGCACGCCCCCCCCCCCCCCCUCAGGUGCAGAUGUGGUGAGGUUAAAAAUGAUCCACCACCGUUGGUCAAAAUCCUCGUUCAAUCCGUUCCGCUGCUCAGGAUCCAGACAGGAAAAACGGACAGUAAAGGAAAGCAGCUUGAUCACUUUGCUGUAUUAUUUACAAGUGUGUGUGUGUGGGGGGGGGGAUUUUUGCUCUUCGGUGGGAGAGCAUGUGGUCAACCAACAUGGUCUCACAGAAAUCCGU